AUGGAUGCCCCCUUGACCGACGCCGAACGAACUGCGCUCCAAACCAGCCUGGAAGCUUUGAACCGACAGGUGGAAGCAACACGCAAUAUCCUCCGGAGCAAUAGCCAAAAGGCACUGCUUCAGACACUCCAUACCGACCAGGAGCUGCCAGACCCCGCCCUGGAAGCCCUGGCCGGCAAGACCAUCAACCUUCUUCAUGAAACCCAACAGCUGCUCGAACCUGGCCAUCUGGUCCUUGCAGAUCAUUUCCUAGGUUACGUGAGCACCAAAUGUCUCUGUGCAGCCGUGGAGCUGAAGCUGGUCGACAUCCUCGCCGACGCCGACGAGGCGGGUAUGACUGUAGACGAACUAGCUGAUGCCAGUGGUGCACACCCAGAUCGGCUGCAACAGGUGCUGCGAGUCUUGCGCAACGAUAACAUCUUUGAUUACGACGCGGUCUCCCACAGGUACCGCAACAACCGGGUGUCGGCGCUGCUGCACUCGGAGCAUUGGACGCAGUGGCACAACUGGGUAGACCUUUAUGGAAAUGAGUUUUACGAUAUUGCUCGGGGGAUCCCUCGUUCUAUCCGGCGCGAGGAGGCGCGAUGGGCCGCCCAAAUAAAUUUUGAUACCAAUGACGAUAUGUUCACCUAUUUCCAGGCACAAGGCUGGUUGCCGCGUCUGCACCGGACCCUCGGCGGAGGUGCUAUUGCCCAAGCGCCCGGCAUCGUUGCCGACUAUCCCUGGCACGAGAUCGGCUCCCGGACCGUCCUCGAUGUCGGCGGUGGUGGUGGUGGAUUUCUCGCGUCCCUGCUCCGGGAGUAUCCCCAGAUGCGAGGGGGGAUUCUGGACCUUCCGCGUACCAUUGAACACGCGUGCACCCUUUUCCAUGAACCACAAGGACCAUACUUUGACUUGCGCGAGCGGGUGCCCCGCGAAAACCUCAUUGCGGGAGAUUUCCUGAAAGCAGUCCCGGCGUUUGAGAUCUAUACGAUGAAGUGGGUGCUGCAUGACUGGAAGGAUCCGGACGUUCUUACGAUUCUGCGCUGUAUUCGCGCCUCCUUGAUUCCCGGACCCGACAGUCGAUUGGUGAUUCUCGAAUCCAACCUCUCGGAUGGUCAGAUGGGACGUCUGUCGCGUUACGGCGAUAUCAAUAUGAUGAUGACCGCAAACGGUCAAGAACGAUCCGAGGAGCAAUGGAGGGCGUUGGCUGCGGCAUCUGGUUGGGAGGUUUCCCGGAUCUAUCCCAUGCGGCGCGCAUGGGUUUGUGCUAUCGAUCUUCGGCCAUCCGCUUCAGAGUCCGGGGACCGAAAACAUAGCUGA